AUGGCAAGACGUCGUAAGGGCAAGUUUCCGUGUUUACAGACCGAGAGCACAGAGCUCGAUGUUUUUGUUUCUGAGGAGGAUGUAAACGGGAUCAUGGCCUUUUUAAAGCCUCAAGAACGACCAAAAGAAAGGUUUUCCCUCCUCCUGCUGGACCUCGAGGAGUACUAUUUUGAACAACACACAGUGUACCAUGUGACCACUACAUCCACCAAAGAGAGAAAGGUCAGAGGAUCAUUCAAGAUCUGCUCAAAAUCUGUCAUUUUUGACCCAGAUGACUUUCAAACGCCAAUUUUGAAGAUUCCCUUUCGAGACUGCAAAAUGGUUGAGUUUGUGCAAAAAGACACUAAUCCAUUCAAUAACCCAAAGCCAUCUGCUAUUUCAAUUUCAUGUGGCCAGAUAAUUUACAUCAAAGAAAGUAAUGUGAUUGCACCUUAUACAAUUGAGAGGGGGACAAAGCGACUCACUUUUCAGUUAGAGGUUUGGACUAAGACAGAAGAUGUUGUUCAGACAUUGUUACAGCUUCAUAGAGCGUCUUGUCUGGAGAAGCUUGGAGAUCAGACAGCUAUGGUUGAGGCCAAUCUGCAGUCUCGUUUGGCAAGGACCACAUUUGACAAAAACUGCUUUCAGAGUGUUGUGGAGAAGCCCCACAUGGAGUGUACAGUGGAGAUGGUGACUCCACUUGUGUCUAAUCCAGGUCAUGUCUGCGUCACUGAUGAAAACCUCUACUUCCAGCCUCUCAAUGGAUAUCCAGAGCAAAUAAUUCAAAUUAAACUUCACAGUAUCAGAAGAAUCUACAAGAGGAGGCAUGGACUGAGGCCACUUGGUCUUGAAGUAUUUUGCACAGAGAAUGACUUUUGCUCAGAUAUAUAUCUGAAGUUUUAUGUCAGCGCAGACAGGGAUGAAAUAUACUACUAUAUUGCCACUUUUCUUGAGAACCACAUGACAGAGCAGACAGCAGACAGCUAUAUGCUGCAGUGGCAGCGUGGCCUCCUCAGUAACUACGAGUACCUGCUGCACCUGAACAACCUGGCAGACCGCUCCUGUAACGACCUGUCGCAGUACCCCGUUUGCCCCUGGGUGCUCAGUGACUACAGCAGCGCCCAGCUCGAUUUGACAAACGCUGCCUCUUUCAGAGAUUUGAGUAAACCUGUUGGUGCACUGAACAAGGAGCGAUUAGACAGACUUUUGGCUCGAUAUCGGGGGAUGCCGGAGCCCAGUUUUCUGUAUGGCAGCCAUUAUUCAUCUCCCGGAUAUGUUCUAUUUUAUCUGGUGAGAGUGGCUCCAGAGCACAUGUUGUGCUUGCAGAACGGACGCUACGACCAUGCGGACCGCAUGUUUAAUAGUGUUGGAGAAACUUGGAGAAACUGUUUAGAAGGAGCUACAGAUUUUAAAGAGCUUAUACCAGAGUUUUAUGGGACUGAUAGCACUUUUCUGGAAAACCGCCUGGGUUUGGAUCUGGGCAGACGGCAAAACGGGACUUAUGUUGGGGAUGUUGCUCUCCCUCCUUGGGCCUCAGAUGCCAGUGAUUUUCUUCAGAAGCACAGGACUGCUCUGGAGAGUCAGUUCGUGUCGGAGCACCUUCAUGAAUGGAUUGAUUUAAUAUUUGGCUAUAAACAGAGAGGCAGUGAAGCCAUAGGAGCUCACAAUGUGUUCCAUCCAUUGACCUAUGAAGGAGGCAUAGACUGUGAUAGCAUUGAGGAUCCAGACCAGAGGAUUGCGAUGCUGACUCAGAUUUUGGAAUUUGGACAGACCCCCACCCAGCUUUUCACGAGUCCCCAUCCUCAAAGGAUCACCCCUCGAUUUCACAACAUCACACGCAGCCCCAGCAUCAGCAUCAACUCUCCCGGCAGCGAAUUGUCUCCAGCCUCUCCCAGCACUGACUCCUCAUUUGAAGACCUGACGGAGGAGAGCAGGAAGCUGGCCUGGGCAAACAUGGGAAAUCUGAAACUCCUCUCCAGCCACAAAAUCCAUAAGGAAACUGUAACGGGCAUUACUGUAACACAAGAUGGUUCGGCCAUUUUCUCCACUUCUCAAGACUCAACCUUAAAGAUGUAUUCUAAAGAGCUGAAGGAGUUCCAGAGAAGCAUGUCUUUCUCAAACAUGGCGUUAUCCUCCUGUUUGACUCUGGCGGAUGGUAAAACUGUGGCAUGCUCUUCAUGGGACAACAAUGUAUAUUUCUACUCUGUCCCUUUCGGCCGGCGCCAGGACACCCUCAUGGGCCAUGACGAUGCGGUCAGUGUGAUUCGCUGGUUCGAUGACCGACUGUAUACAGCUUCAUGGGACUCCACUGUCAAAGUCUGGCACUGCGCCUCUGAAAACGCUCAUAAAAGAUCUGAGUUUGAACUCUUGGCUGAACUAGAACAUGAUGCUGGGGUGAAUAGCAUAAACUUGAGUGUGGCUGGUACUCUGCUGGUGUCCGGUUGUAAAGAUGGGACAGUUUCUCUGUGGGACACCCAGAGCCACGAGGUGCUGCAGCAGUUGCCAUGUCACCUCGGGACGGUCCACCACACGGCCUUCAGUCCAGACAGCAGACAUGUGCUCAGUGUGGGAGAGGACUACUGUAUGAAGGUCAUAGACGUCCAGACAGGAAUGGUCAUGUCUUCAGUCAAAGCCGAUGAGGAGCAGAGGUGCUUCUGUUGGGACGGUAGCCUGGUGCUGUGUGGAGGUCAGUCUGGAGACCUGCUUCUGUGGGACCUCCUGAGCAGCACUGUGGUCAAAAGGAUCCAAGCCCACUCAGGUGCUGUUACAGCGAUGUGGAUGAACGAGCUCUACACCACAGUCAUCACUGGAGGAGAGGACAAGCAGAUCAUGUUUUGGAAGCUUUAUUGUUGA